GAUGACUUUUCGUUUUCCUGCUGCUUUCUCAGCAACCAAACACAUGCAGACUUUCUUACCGUUGUUUAUGCAUAUGAAAAUCAAGAAUAAGAUGAAAGGAGAGCAAGAAAGAGGGAGUACCAGAUCGACGGACUCAUUCUUGAUCUCCUCGAGGCUGAUGGCUUUAUCGCUGGCCAUGGUGGAGGCUCAAUUGGAAGAAACGGUGACGGAGGGGGGGUGAACAAGAUUGGAAAUGAUCAAGAACUGAAUUUAUAUAACAAUUGGAGAAAUGAGGGGUGCGGCCUCUCAGAAAGCCAUCAUAAAAAUCAACUAAAAUUACUGAAAAGUCUACGGGGAGGUUUUCAC